CACAGCAAAGAACUUCCUUCCACUGAGAAGAUGGAUCUAUGGAAGCAGAUGAGGUUCUUCAGUUUCAUGCUUCUCGUCUACACCACCACCAUGGACCCCAAAUGGCCGAACCCGACCCAAAUUGUGAGGUUCAAGCCUUCUCGGGACAUCAAUGCCAUCAUCACCGCCCGAUUCUUGCUGAGACCCGGACCGUCCGAUGAUGACCCAACAGACCGAGGCGGCCUUGAGUACGAUUACUAUCGGGAGUCCUGCCCUCAGGCUGAGAGAAUUGUUCGUGAGAUGGUCCAGGAGUUUUACCGAGUCCGACCUCGCGUUAUCCCAUCUCUUCUCCGGCUAGCAUUCCAUGACUGCUUCAUUGAGGGAUGUGACGCCUCUAUCCUGUUGGACCCAAUUAAUGGAAUGGCAUCAGAGAAAGAUGUGUCCCCCAACGAACUGUUGAAGGGCUAUGACAUAAUAGAAGCUAUCAAGUUCGAGAUCGAAAGAGCAUGCCCCAGAACAGUGUCAUGUGCUGACAUUCUGGUCUUGGCUGCUCGGGAAGCCCUUCUUACGGUUGGCGGUCCAUUCUAUCCCCUAGAAACCGGCAGAAGGGACAGUAUGAUUUCAUAUGCGGAACUAGCCGAAUAUCAACUUCCUUCACCUUUUAGUGACCUCUCGGAAAUUCUCGCAUCUUUUGCAGCAAGGGGAUUCGAUGAGCAGGAAACUGUCAGUCUCUUAGGUGCUCAUAGUGUCGGAUCGAUUCAUUGUAAUUUCUUUGAGGACCGUCUCUACAAUUUUUCUGGGACAAACAGGCCCGACCCAUCUCUUGAGAGCGAAUUCCUUAACCUGAUGAGAUCCCGAUGCAGUAAAUUUCCUUCAGCGUCAUCCCCAAAACUUUCAGUGGCUCCAUCACCUUCAUUUAGAGCUGCUGGAUUGCCGGCUCCUCCAAUGGUAGAGCCGGAGACAGUGAUGAGCUAUGAGGGGCUGGGAUUGAGACAAGCCGAGGACCCUGCUUUUGGGGCUCCAUAUUAUCAGAACCUGCUGGAAGGCAGAGGAAUCCUCUUUGCGGAUCAGCAGCUCACGGGUUCCGAAGAAACUGGAAGUUGGGUCAGAGCAUACGCUUGGGAUGCUGCCCUCUUUCGAAAGGACUUCGCAGAGGCCAUGUUGAAGCUCUCGAGCCUGCAGGUAUUGACAGCAUCUAGAGGGCAAAUUCGUGUUAACUGCUCAAAGACUGCAUAGAUCAAACAUAUGCAUAUGUUUGGUAUGAUAAGAUCACCAUUUAGGUUGGCUACAUAAUCUGUAGCUUGAUGGAGGUUUAGGCGUCUUCGAUUGAUCCAUUCUUUUGGAUUUGGUUUAGUUGAAAAAGGAAAAGAGAAGGAUCUUGACAGCUACUCGGUUGAUGUCCGACUUGAUUGAGUAUGGACUCUUAGCGUAGUUGGCUAUGAAAGACUAGUUCAUGAAGUCCAAAACUGUAUUAUAAUGGUCGGAUUGAUUGAUAGACAGAAUCAUACUAGUAGCUAGCAAAAACAUAGCACAAGGAAAAGACGAGAGGACAAACCAAAACAUGAGUAAGAGCACAGAUUUCAAUGAUUUGUUGAU